AUGGCACUGAAUUUUAUCAAAAAGAAUGACAAACACAAUAAUACAAACUGGUGUAAAUUGUUUCUUUCAGCUCUCAUUCCAUGUAUUCUUGGUAUUUUUACUAUUAUUUUUACUGUACAACAACAAGUAUUAUCCCAACAACAACAUGAAAUUGAUCGACAAAAUCAACGUGAUGCACAACGAGAAACAGCAUUCAAUGCUUAUAUUAAUGAUAUCUCAAAUCUUCUUUUAAAUACUAAUCAUACAAAUAAAACAAAUUUUUUUCUUUAUAUCCGAACAAAAACAUUGACCGUUCUUAGAAGUUUGAAUCCUGAACGCAAAAAAUAUAUCAUUUUAUUUCUGUAUGAAAGUGGUCUUCUCCAAGGUACUGGUCUCGACUUGAGCGGUGCUGAACUUGAUAAUGUUGAAUUGAUUGGUCCCUAUAAGCUCGAUGGCCUCUAUCUACCAAGUACAUCCUGGGAAAAUGCUCUCAUUGUCAAUUGUAGUCUUAAAAAAGCCGUGUUCCGUCAAUCGCGUAUGCCUAACGCUCGUUUUAUCAACUCAUUACUCGAAUCAGCUUUAUUUACCGAAACUAUACUGGAUAAUGCUUAUUUCAUAAAAACAUCAGUUGUGGGAAUCAAUUUUAUUAGUGCAUCUCUUAUACAUGCUAAUUUUCUUGAUGCUGAAGUUGUUCAAGGCAUCGAUUUUACGAAUGCAGAUCUUUUGUAUGCUCAGUUCACUGAGAAACAAUGGCUAGGACAACGAGUAUCGACUAAUGCGCAUAGUUUCCGCUAUGCACGUCUUCCAAAUGGAUCAUUUGGAGAUUUAAGUCCAACAAGAAAUUUGCUUCAAAAUGGUGAUGCGGAACAGAAAUGUUCAACUCUUGAAGAAAUCAAUUGGGAAGAGAGUCAGGUAACCAAUGGUUUGAAUAUAAUCAAAUUUAACAAAACGUCUGUUGUCGACAUGAAUAUUGAUAAUGGCACGUGGGGUAAUUGUACGUUUGUAAUGACUACUAGGAAUGCUCGAGCGUCUCAAUAUAUCGAUCUACGCCUCUAUUCUCGUUUGAUUGAUAUGGACAAUGCGAUGUUUUCUUCAUCGACUUAUAUUGGCUGUAAUGGUUCUACUAAUGCGCCUUAUGUAGAAAUAAGUACUUAUGAAUUAAAUGGAAAUAUAAUGGAAACACCAGUUUAUUUAAAUCAUACAGAAAAUACAGCCAACAAAGUUGGUAUGAUGCAUCAAUAUAGCAUUCAAAAAUAUCGUUUAUUAAAGUAUACACACAGAGCACGUGUUACUCUCGGUAUCAGAUUAUCACAGCCAAAUAAUAUCUACUGUUACUUUGACAAUGUAACAUUUGCAAUGCAAAAGCGUUUCAAUUAA